AUCUAACACCUGGGGCUGUUCUGGCUUUGUCAGUCAUCCGUCGUGCGUGCGCACUGCCGGGCUAGUGCGUAAAAUCAUUUUCAUUUCUUUUUCUCUUGGAGCCAUUUGUGACUGAAGUUGACCCAGCAGCUACUCUUACUUUUCUUUUUCCUUUCCCCCCCUAAGUCUUGUUGCGGCGUUUUGUUUCUUUUUCCUGGCACUGCUGCGUUUGCGUCGGGUAGCCCUUUAUUAAGUUAGAGCGGAUUCUAAACGGUCACAGGGACUUUCUGCGAGGGAACGCCCCCCAAAAAGACGAACAAAAAAACAAAACAAGAAACAAGUGACAGCAGCAGCGAGUAGUGUGAUGAUAACAGUCACUGGCAUACGUGUGGCGCAGGCACACCAAAACACCCAUCAGCGGCCAGCUGAAGCAAAUAGUGGGAACCAUGCGCGUUUUACCAGGAAACUUGAAACACAGAGGGAAGAGCCACUCCCUUCGCACCGAGGUUUCCUUAAGAGGGGGCCGGACGAUUCCUCGGCGUCUCAACGCAGACAAUCACUGUAUGCACCUUACACAAAAUCCAGGUUAAUUUAUUGACCUGCGAUUAUUUCUGGACGAGUCACGGAUUUAUCCUGUUGACAGCGACUCACAGUUCGCAUUUUAUCAGUGACUCUACGGCUGCCUUCACUCUAUUUGGCAAGGGUCCAGUCUACUGCAGUUGGACGCCUGCGUUUUUCAAGAAUGGGAUUUGUUCAGAAGAUGAAGAAUGUCUCGAGAUGUGUGCUUUGCUUCCCUAUUUUGCUGUGUGUUCUGUACUUCACUUCUCCAUCUUUGAGAAUUUUAGUAGGCCUCCUACCCAUGGACAGAUGCCCUUUGGAAAGUGGAAGGAUGCUGACUCUGGACAACAGUGUGGAUGCAAGUCUUAACCUCCGGUCCAGACAUGACGUGCAAACGUGCACAUAUUGGAAAGCUCCCAUCAUCUGGGAGGGGAUGUUUGACCAUGAUCUUUAUGACCAGAUGCACAAAAAGGAAGGAUCCUCUGUGGCGCUAACUGUAUUUGCUGUAGGCAGGUACCUUGAUGCCUACCUCCAUACCUUCCUGACCUCAUCAGAGCAACACUUUAUGUUGGGUUUGCCUGUGACAUAUUAUGUAUUUACAAACAUGCCAGAAAUGGUGCCAGACAUCAAGCUUGGUCCUCAGCGAAGCCUCAAGGUGAUCAAAGUGGAGAGGCACUCCAGGUGGCAGGACAUCUCUAUGAUGCGAAUGAAGACUAUAUCCAGUGUCAUAGAGUCGGAUAUUCGCCAUCACUGCACGCACGUCUUCUGCUUCGAUGUGGAUCAGGUGUUUACUGGGAGAUUUGGCUCAGAGGCUCUGGGUGAUUCUGUGGCUCUGCUGCACGCCUACUACUACCGCCUUCCAAAGAGGCUGUAUACCUAUGACCACAACCCAAACUCCAAAGCGUACAUGGAGACUGGGGACUUCUACUACCACGCUGCUGUCUUUGGAGGCUCGUGGAAGAGUGUAAAAGCGUUGACCGAGGCCUGCUACCAGAGCAUCAUGGAGGAUAAACGGAAUAACGUGGAGGCUUUGUGGCAUGAUGAGAGUCAUCUAAACAAGUACCUGUGGCUUCACAAACCAAGCAGGGUGCUCUCCCCUGAGUACUGCUGGGACAACAGUAUCAGCUACAAGAGCGACAUACAAGUCUCCCGACUAGUGUGGGCACCAAAACAAUAUGAUAAACUACGCACAAACUAGAGUGUUUGGAUUAUUAAAAUGCAAAUUCAUGCACAUUAACAGGGUGAAAACUUAUCCGACAAACCUUUUUCUAUCAGCUCUUCAUACUUUGUGGCUCUGCUGCUCUUUGGACGAAUUUGCACAGCUGCAGGUGUCGGAUUGACAAGCUGUCAUUGGCUGCCUGCCCUUUUUUUUUAGGGCUCAGGUAAAUCUAUGCAAAUGUGGCCUUUGCUUCACUUUAAGUGUAUAUGCAGCAUGUAUGUAAUUAAACACAAAAUUUGCAUAGCUAAACAUAUUUAAAUGUGUUUGAAAAUUAUCAAGUGUUAUCAAAGCAAUGUAGUUUUUUGCUCUUUGCCUUAUUUUUAUAUCUAAAGAUAAAUUAUUUUUAGAAUGUAACAAUGAUAAAGUUUAGUUGCGACCAGAAUCUAGUAUGGGAUAUUUUGGUGAUCUGUUCAUUUGUAUUUUGUAAAAAUGUGUUUUUGCUGCGUUUCAUCAGUGAUUCUGUAUUUAUUUUUGAAAUGUCUGACUACCUGUAUCAGUUGAUUCAAGUUAGAUUUAAGUCUGUGUCGGUAUCAGAUUUUUCUGAUUACUUCUGACUCUUCAUUUCAUAACUGUAGUCAAGACACUGGCUUCUUUUAAUUCUCAAAGAUGCAGAGUUUUAUACCGUUGUAUGCGUUUGUUUGUGAAGAUGAUGGUUUGGAAGGCGUUUUUCAAUUUGUAAUUCAGUUCUAAACAGCACUUGCUCACUCAGGAGAUCUUAAAAUCAAUUUCUGAUGUUGACAAUGCUGAUCAUUUUGACUGCAAAUGCGACAUUUUCUAGCUGUAACCUUACUUUUUAAGCUGUUGUACGGUUGCUAUUCUCUUAAGCUGCAUUUGUGGCAGGUUGAGACACGUUUGCAACCGCACGGACUGCUUUUCUGCUAAGGAGAGUACCUGUUCGUUUUUCUCAACAUACACUUUGAAAUGUCUGCCCAUCAUUGUUGUUGAAGUCAGGUGACCCUGCAGCAGUGGGUGUGCCCUCAUCAAAAGGCAUUGCUGAAAGUUUCUUUUGCUUUGUGCAACAAGUUUCAACUUGCCCUGGUUGCACUUCAGAGAAUCUGUUUAAUUAACAAUAAUCAUAAUAAUGAAGUCGCUUUUGUUGUGGAGUGACAGUAUUGCAAACAUGUAAGAAUAUAUCUAAGAUCUACUUUUUUUCAAUUCUUGUACAUUUUUAAAAUAUUGAGUAUGCAUGAUAUUUUGAAAUGCAGAUAAAGUGUGAAACUAUCACUGACAAGUAGCUGUAACAUGCAGAUUGUGAGAACUGUUGCUAAAUUGUCACAAAUCUGGGGAGGUCCAGGUUGAGAGAUUGUUGUGCAGAGAGUAAACUUAACGAUUCAACUGAAAAUGAACUUUGCAGAGCAAAAGGAAA